UUUUUCUAUAUUCCACAUUUCACCACACAUUACCAAAGAUGAAGGUCAACCCUAUGCGCUUCUUGCUCUCGACGGUCGCUGCCUUUGCGUUCACCGGCAUGGCCGCUGCUGCCGACAAAGCCGACGCCGCUGACUCGGACGUCCACGUUCUGACCACCGACACCUUCAAGGAGUGGACUGCCGCGCAGAAGCUUGCCCUGGUUGAGUUCUAUGCUCCGUGGUGCGGCCACUGCAAGGCCCUGGCGCCCGAGUACGAGAAGGCUGCCACGACCCUGAAGAAGGAGGACAUCAGCCUGGCCAAGGUCGACUGCACUGAGGAGCAGGGCCUGUGCGAGGAGCUCGAGAUCGCUGGCUUCCCCACGCUCAAGGUCUUCAAGGACGGCGACCACGCCGCCUACAACGGUACCCGCCAGGAGGACGGCAUUGUCAGCUAUAUGCGCAAGCAGCUGCUGCCUCCUCUGUCCGACGUCACUGCCGACACCUUCGACGAGUUCUCCAAGUCUGACCGCGUUGUGGUUAUCGGCUACGUCAACGACAAGGACUCGGCCGAGUUCUCUGAACUCGACACCCUGGCCAAGGAGCUGCGCGACGAGUACGUCUUUGGUGUGGUUGUUGAUGCCGAGCUGGCUAAGGAGCAUGGCGUUGCCGCUCCGGGUGUCGUUGUCUACAAGAAGUUCGAUGACGGCAAGGACUUCGUCAAGGGCAGCUCCAUCCCUCUUCUGGGUGACAUCUCUGCCGAGACCUAUCAGAUGUACGCUCAGGCCGGCCUGCCUCUGGGCUUCAUCUUCCAUGACUCUGAGGAGAUGAAGAAGGAGCUCCAGGACAAGUUCUACGACGUUGCCAAGGACUACAAGGGCAAGAUCAGCUUUGUGCUCAUCGACGCUACCAAGUAUGCGUCACAGGCCGAUUUCCUCAACCUGAAGCAGGAGUGGCCCGCGUUUGCCAUCCAGAACCAGACCAGCCUGGCCAAGUUCCCGUUCCCGCAGGACCAGGAGCUGGUCUUUGUCGACAAGGUUGUUGACGGCACCGCUGAGCCCAGCUACAAGUCUGAGCCCAUCCCCGAGACCAACGACGACAGUGUCUUUGUCCUUGUCUCGAAGCAGUUUAACGAGGUCGCCUUUGACGAGACCAAGGAUGUCCUGGUUGAGUUCUACGCCCCGUGGUGCGGCCACUGCAAGCGCCUGGCGCCGAUCUACGAGAAGCUGGGCAAGGUGCUGAAGGCCAACAAGAACCUGGUCAUUGCCAAGAUGGAUGCCACCGCCAACGAUGUGCCGUCGAGCCACGAGGGCCUGCAGGUCCAGGGCUUCCCGACCAUCAAGCUGAUCAGCGGCAAGGACAACACCAUCGUUGAGUACAAUGGUAACCGUUCGCUCGAGUCCUUCAUCGAGUUCCUGGAGGAGAACGCUGCCAACAAGAUCACCUACAACAAGGACGAUCUCAAGGAGGAGGACGAGGAGGAGGACGAGGACGAGGAGCCGACCGAGCCUGUGUCUGAGAAGGAGCAACACGAUGAGUUGUAA